AUACUCUUUGCUCUUUGGUUACAAAGCAUAGAAGUGAGAAGUCGGACGUUUGUUGAUUUUAUAUAAUGUGUUGUAGUUUUUAAAUUGGAUUAAAAAGUGAUACUAACAAAAAUCUGAAGAAAAAUUGUGUUAUUAUGAUGCGACGACAAAGCUGACGUUAUGUGGCGAAAAGUAAUUCGAUUACAGUAGCUAAGUUAUGGUUCCCUUUCAGGGAUUUUGAAAUAAUUUCGUAACAUUAAAUGGCAGAGAAUUAAAACGUAAAAAAAAAAAUGGAUGGAACAAAUGGAUCAGAUUUACCACCCGUUACUGAAGAAUCUUUUUGUAAAUACGUCUUAUAUUAUGAAAUGAACAACUCAAGAGUCCGCAUUUGGGAUUUAAUAAUAUUGAUACCCAACGCUCUGUUCGUGCUGUUUCUCGUGGUGAGAUUUAACAAGGCUCAGUUGAAAUUGCGUGCGACUAGUAGUCCUAUAUUCCUGACAUUCUAUACGUUAGUAUGGGGUAAUGUGAUCAUCAGUUUGAUAAGAUGUGCUGUGUCUAUGACGGUAAACGCUGCGAUGCCGGUCGGUGGCCUGAUCGACAAGAUUUUAUGGGUCACUGUGAGAUUUUUUUUACUAGCUACAGAAAUGAGUGUGGUCAUUUUUGGAUUGGCUUUUGGACACAUGGACAGUCGUAGUAGCAUCAGAUACGUGUUACUGGCUACAUCACUAAUAUCUCUCGCAUUUACUGUCACGCAAGGAACAUUGGAAAUUAUAAUGCCAGAUGAUAUGUUUCACAUAGACACGAGGAACUACGACUUGUUCGGCCAUGGUGGAAUGUUGUUCUGGUUCACAACCUCACUUGUGUUUGCUGUCAUAUACUUCACCAUAUUACUGUUACCUUGGAUACCCUUAAGAGAAUACUUAGCCUUACCAACGAAGCUCUCGUUCUACCUGUACGUGCUCUUGCUGGCUCUGCUGGACGCGACGCAGGCGGUGGGCGCGGCGCUGCUGACGUGGGGCGCGGCGCCGGCCGGCCUGUGCGUCGUCGACGUCACCGCGUGGCUCUACUUCUCGCUCUACACGCCGCUCGUCUACCACACCUUCCUGAGCGAAUUCUUCAGCGUUUCGCAACCGAGCAUCAUGUUUUCAUAUAAGGCUCAAAUGGAUGAGCCCAUGGACGAUGACCAAGUGUCGCUUCCUCACCAGCAAAGCUUCAGCUCACUCAAAACUGACUCUGAUUAUAUAUAUCAGCAGAGUAAUAGUGUAUACGACAGCACGCUUUUUGAAGUUGGAGGGACCACCCCAAUGAAUCCAGUGUACAGCGCCUCACUUCAAAGUCCUGACUCAAUAGCAUCUGGGCAAUCCUUAGACAUUGGAUUACCAGCACCAGGAUUUCAAACUCAAAACAUGCUUUCAACAUAACAGAAGAAAAAAUAUACAUAACAUUUGCGCCACACAUCCAAAGAUAAACAUAAUUUAAGAGUUUAGUAAAUAUGAAAUAAUUUUAAACAACUUCUAUUUAAGUGUCAAAGUUAAAUCGGAAUCUCUUGAUUUGUGUGUUUUAUUGUGAUUAUAAUCAGCUGUGUGAUAACUAGAGCCAGUGGACCGACUCGUUAAGACUAUAACAUCCCAUCUGCUUUAAAAUUUAUGUAAUGUAUCCAUCCACAUUUUCAUACUAGGCUAAGGCUGAAACAGCAUGUAUUGUCUAUUGUUAAAUAUUGUUUUAUCUGUCUUUAAUGAAUGAAUAAUUUUCCCAUAAAUACUGAUCACAUAAAACAGUGUACACAUCCGACCAUAUGAAAUUUUGUACUUUGAUAAUUUAGCUGGAAAUCUAAUUCUUACAUAAUUCAGCAAUUGUCACUUAACUUAUUGUCUAAAAAUUGUAGAAGAAUUAGUUCGUUUCGAACCGUUUUCGCAGCCUACUUCAAAAGGAGUCGAAUUCAACGGUAAAAUUAUUAGCUUGAAAUGAUAUUGUAGAAAAAAAAAAUAGUACUGAAUAAUAAAUAUGAAAUAUUCCUCGACACGAUAAAUUUUUUAGUCGAUGUUAAAUUGUACAGUUAUUUAACAGUAUUUGUAUUUCAUUUUAAGUAUUAAUAUGAAUUAACACUUAUUAUUUUCAUUUAAAAGCAGACUUAUUGUCGUGAAUUGUAAGUGUGAAGAUCGAAUGUAUUGCUACUUUUUGUUUAUGAUCGACAUUGGUUUAAAUAUUACUUUUAUCAUACUGUGAUGGUUUACCUACCUAUUUUAAUUUUGUUGUUAUUUUUAAUGUUUAUGAAAAUAGUAGUGAAAAUAAGUAAGUAAUAAACUGAGAACAGCAAAGCUGAGAUUUAAAAAUAUAGUUUAUCUGCACUUUCAAGUAAACACUCGCGGAAUAGCAAGCAAUAAGUUAUAUGAUGACCGCAAUAAAAUGUAUCGUGUUUAUUGACUAUCUUUGUGUUAUGAUGAAUAGACAACUUGUAGUAUGAAACAUUUUCGGGUAUAGUUGAGUAGCUUGUAAAAAAAUAUAAGACGGCAAAACGAAAACACUAUGCCUUUUACUAGUCUUAGUUUUUAUGGUAAGGAAAAAAUCGGUUGUAGCUGUUAGAUGUAACUGUACUGUAAUAGCAGCGGUAUUAAACCAUCGUUCUUACAUCUCAAUAUCAAAAUGAAUUAAGUCAAUUUAAACCUCGUAAUUAUAAUUGAAUCUAAUCGAGCAGUAAAUGACAAGUUGUCAAUUUUCCUUUAUGAAAUGUGAUAGAUCACAUGUUGUAUGUAUGUACUAUGUACCCAUGUGAAACUUAUUAUUUUAAGUGAUAUUUUGGUUGAUGGCAUAUAUUUUUGUUAUUUUCUAUCUUAGGAAACUAUUAAAGUAACAAUUUUAUUGAA